GACGUGGCAGCGGCAUCAUGGCCUCUUGGAACAGCCACGGGAGUCGGAUGAGAGAGGCGAAAAUGUUCAUGUUGGUGUUGCUGGUGUGGCUGCUGCCGGUGUUGGAGGCAGUGAAGGUGUCUCCUCUCAUAGAGAAGGUCAACGACCACAAAGACUUCAAGAAGCUGCUCAGGACGAGAACCAACGUUUUGGUGGUCUACACCAAGACAGCUACAUCAGGGGACUCCUACCUGAAACUGCUAUCAGAUGUGGCCCAGACGGUAAAGGGCCAAGGGACCAUUGCCUGGGUCAACUGUGGAGACUCGGAGGGCCGUAAACUCUGUAAGAAAGUGAAGGUGGACCCGAGCUCCAAACAUGGAGGAGCAGAGCUGCUGCAUUACAAAGAUGGGACGUUCCACACAGAGUACAACAGGCCCGCCACCUCCAAGUCCAUGGUAGCAUUCUUGAAAGACCCUUCAGGACCCCCACUGUGGGAGGAGAACCCUGAGGCAAAAGAUGUCGUCCACAUAGAGACAGAAAAAGACUUCAGGAAGCUGCUGAAGAAAGAGGAGAGACCAGCCCUUGUGAUGUUCUAUGCUCCCUGGUGCGGCGUUUGCAAGAGAAUGCAGCCCAUCUUUCAGCAGGCCGCCACGGAGACCAAGGGAAAAUAUGUACUGGCAGGGAUGAAUGUGCACCCGGCUGAGUUUGACGGCCUCAAGCAGGAGUACAACGUCAAAGGCUACCCGACCUUCUGCUACUUUGAGAAGGGGAAGUUCCUUCACCACUAUGAAAACUACGGAGCCACAGCCAAAGAUAUCGCGGACUGGAUGAAAAACCCUCAGCCCCCCCAGCCAAAGACCCCCGAGGUGCCGUGGUCAGAGUCAGACUCCGCGGUCUUCCACCUGACCGAUGAGUCCUUUGACAGCUUCCUGGAGGAACAUCCUGCAGCCCUGGUCAUGUUUUACGCCCCCUGGUGUGGACACUGCAAGAAGAUGAAGCCAGAGUAUGAUGAAGCUGCUGAAAUACUCAACAAGGGUGCAGACAGUCCGGGAGUGUUGGCAGCAGUGGAUUCCACAGUGCACAAGGCUGUGGGGGAUCGCUUCAAGAUCUCUGGCUUCCCAACCGUCAAGUAUUUUGAGAAAGGUGAAGAUAAGUACACGCUGCCACACCUCCGAAGCAAAGACAAGAUCAUCGAGUUCCUGCACAAUCCCCAGGCACCUCCUCCACCAGAGCAGUCCUGGGAGGACAAGCCCUCCAGCGUCAGCCAUCUUGGAUCAGAGGAUUUCCGAGAAGCUCUGAAGAAGAAAAAACAUGCUCUGGUCAUGUUCUACGCUCCCUGGUGUCCACACUGUAAAAACGCUGUUCCCCACUUCACCACGGCAGCAGAGCUCUUUAAAGAGGACCGCAAGAUUGUGUACGCGGCUGUUGACUGUACAAAAGGACAGAACCACGAACUCUGUAAGCAGGAAGGAGUGGAGGGCUACCCAACGUUCAACCACUACAACUACGGAAAGUUUGUGGAAAAAUACAAUGGAGAUCGUGGGGAGGCGGGCUUCAUAGGUUUCAUGCGUAGCCUAAGAGGACGUGAUCAGGAAAAGGUUGUCAAGAGGAAGGAGGAGCUCUGAGGGCGGCGUGCAGGGAAGGGGGGAGUUGCACUGCACAGUUUGUCAUUGCACUGUGACCCUUGACCCCGGCAAGGGCCCAAUCAGCACUGACGUGGGAGACUUGAUGACCUCAGCGAAAGGCUAUUUUUUUAUAUCGUGGUGAUCACGUUUGUAAUAAUACCAACAGAGUACCUGCAGUGAGACCGACCACUUGAGACUUCUUUUUUCAUGGAUAUUCUGAUGGGCAGAAAAUACACUGGCAAAAAAAAAAGUAAUUCCUUUUUUUUUUUCUUUUAGUUUUUUUGCCCAAACACUGUGAUAACAUAUGUGAAAAGCUACACCCUAUACUUUAUCUAUGCAAUACUGACCCCUGCUUAGCCCUAUAGGGGUCUGUGUAACACCCAUGGUGAUGGUGGUGGGGAUCAGUUGUUAAAGGUGGAGGCUGCGCUGUCCGUCACUCCACAGGGGUCCUAAUCCAGUCCCAUCAACCCUGCUCUUUCUCUAGAAAGAAACUAAUUAUUGACACACACCCGUUGGUUCCAAUAUUUUUACCUUCAUGUCUCAAGUCCAGAACCAUCCAGAAUAUUCCUUUGUUAUCCUCACACAUCGACUGGGAGAUAACUGCAUUUAACAUCUAAAAAAUUGCUUGUACAGUAAAAUGUCAGUUGCUGUAGCAGUAAAGUUGCUGAAAUAAUGGCCAAAGGUUCAAUAUUCUGUAUGGUUCCAGGCUCUCGUUAUUAGUUUUGCUUUUAGAAAGUACUUUUUUUGCUUAAAACUGUGGCCUUAUAGAUAUAAAAAAUAAAAACAUGCUGGAAUUGCAAAAAUAAACAAAAAAAGAAGGGAAUCAGAGGCCUGGUGCCCUUGCAAUUCUCUCGGGUUAUGGACCAGAGCAAGUCAAAGAAAAAGAAAAAAACAAGAACAUGACAUGCCAAAUAUUGUUGCGCAUUAUUGCCCUUGAUAUUUUCAGGCUUUUUACAUUCCCAAAUAUUAAAAACAUUCAAAGAUUUAACAAGGUAGAGCUCAUUUACAUACAGUAAGCAUGGGAGAUGCUAAAGUAUGGAGGCUAAAUAUUGCAUGAUGAUCAUGAAAUGUCCAAAAUAUGAACCUGCCCUCCCUCUGCUGAAGUAAUCAUGGAUUCCAGCUAAUAUCCCACAAUAAUAUCCCCUCUGCUUUUACACAUUGUUCAGGGAGAUGCUGGAAGAAUUCAGACCUCUGGUUUACACUUUGGGCAUUCAGGGUUUUUGUUUAAGGGUACCCAGUACGUUUUCCGCACAUGCUUUUCCACUCCUUUUUUGCUGAACAAAACUACACCAAGGAGCCAAAAGGACAGCACUCUUGACAGUUCUGUCUCGAUCCGUGUCUGCCUGCCAUGCCUUGGCCUGGACGUGCUCUGCUUCAGCUAGCUCGGACAGUGCUCUCCCAUGCCUUCCAUCAUAUUCCGAGGGAUGAAUCCAUAGUACAUCCAAGGAGUAAUUAUGUGAAAUGAAGUCUCCAGACCCUCUCCCACUUCUGCCAGCAUAACACCAUGAUCAUUACUUCUGUGGCCACUAUAAAUAUUUAAAGGCUUAUCUGUAGCUGAUCUUGUGUUUUAUUAUUCAAGACUUUGGUUUCUUUCAUUAUGAAUAAGGUUCUCAGGGAUAGCGAAACACAAUUAAAGGGAACUAGUUUGUUUGUAAUUUUGCAUUCCAGCUGAAUAAUUUUGAGCCCUUAGGCCACCAAAUUAAAUAUUGUUUACAUUUGUAUCCCAAAAGAAAGAGAAAAAAAAUCAAAUCGUCCUUUUUCUGUGCUGUAUCAUGACAACGUGAAUAUUGUCAGUAGACGUUACUGAAUCAUUUUCUUGUCAAACAUUAUCAUUGUGAUUUUUAAUGGAUUCAUUCCAAGUGAAACGGUUUCAAAUGUUCUGGCUGGCACCAAACACUUAUUUUGUGUUUAGUGUGAUUAUUAAUAUUCAUGAUAUGCAAGAACAUUUUGAAAGAGUGCUUUAUACAGUUAAGUGUUGACAUAUCACUGUAAUUAGGUGUUCAUCUCCUCUCGAGGGGAUUUCAUUACCUUCGUUAGCUGUAUCCAUUUGUUUAUAUUUUCGAGUCUCCACAGUGACAUCACACGUUUGUUGAAUUAUUAGAAAGACCACCUCUCUUAUCCCAAAGGUAUCAUGUUGUGUGGGAAUUUGUAACACUUAUGCCAAGAAGUCAUUGUUUCCUUUGUUGGUUUUUCUGUGUCCAGCCAUACGUACAGUUUUUCCCCUUGCAGUAAGGACCUUGCAAGAUAAAAAAUAAAAUAAAAUUCAAACAUUUCCCAUAAAAAAAUCACCUGUUCUUAUG